CUCCGUAAUACUCAUUAGAAGUUUCGCGAGAAGGGAGAGAACAAAAGGUUGCAUAGAAACGCAAGAAAGGGAACGAGAGGUGGUUUUAAAUCAAUCUCAGCUUGAAUAUCGGAAGUAAAGGAAAUUCAGCAGAGACGAUGAUAAAUAUAGAAGAACCGGCGGCGCCGCUGCGCGGCCAUGUUAGGAGUCCCUGUGAAUUAGGUCACCGCCUUACCGAUUCGGAGGUGUUUCCACCUACAACCCUCCCGAUUACUUAUACUUAGCAUUUGCGUGGUAAUUUACACCAUCAAAUUGGUGCCAUCCGUGGGACAUGACUCAAAGGAAAGGGGAGGUGGCUAUUGAUUACUUCACUAAAUGGAUCGAGGCUGAGGCGAUGGCCACCAUAACCGUACGGCAGUGUGAGAAAUUUGUUUGGAAAAACAUUAUCACCCGGUUUGGUGCCCCAAAAUUCAUUGUCACCGACAACGGUCCACAGUUUCGCAAUCCCCGGUUCACUGCGUACCUUGCUAGCUUCGGGGUCAAGCACAGCAAAGCCUCGGUAGCAUAUCCACAGGGAAAUGGCCAAGUCGAAAACGCUAACCGGACAAUUGUGGACGAUCUGAAAAAGAGGUUGGGUGAGGAAGGACACAAGUGGUUGGAAGCCUUACCUCACACAGUCUGGGCGCAUAGAGUGACUUCAAGAAGAGCAACUGGAGAGACUCCUUUCGUGCUCACUUAUGGAUGCGAAGCCCGGUUACCAGUAGAAGCAGAAAUCCCAACAUUUAGGGAAACCGUAUACCAGCCCGGUCAGAAUGAGGUCGACCACCUGGCUGAACUAAAUCUGGUGGAAGAACGAAGGACCAUAGCAGCUGUCAAGAUGGCCGGUUACCAGCAGUCGUUUAAGCGGUAUCAUGACAACCGGGUAGGACCGCGAUACUUCCAAGUGCAUGAUGAAGUCUUGCGCAGAAGGGAUGCUGGUACCGGGUAGAACCGCGAUACUUCCAAAUCGGUGUUUUGAAUUAUUGUUACGGAAACUGGUAUUUAGUUAUGAGAAAGUGUAUGUUCCAGUUUAAAGAGUAAUAAAUCGCAAUGGCUUGAAGAUUCUGAUAUACAACGAAGUGAAUACUUACACAAAUUAUACAUACGAGUGAUGUAGUUUAUAAAGAAGUCUUUCGAAA